CUGCAGGAGUUUUACCACAAAAUGAACAAUCAUUGGUGAAUAACAUUGGGUAUUCUGCAAGUAUGAAAGGAAAUUCAGGACGUCCCACACCGCGGUACACGAAAGUUGGGGAACGUUUACGACACGUCAUUCCUGGACAUGUGGCCUGUUCCAUGACAUGUGGUGGUAGAGCCUGCAAGUAUGAAAACCCAGCCCGCUGGAGUGAUCAGGAGCAAGCUAUAAAGGGGGUGUACUCAUCCUGGGUCACUGAAAACAUACUCGCCAUGGCUCGCCCAUCUACCAAACUCAUUGAAAAGUACCACAUCAUCGAGCAGUUCCAAAGCUGUGGCAUAAAAACAGUCAUUAACCUCCAGCGUCCUGGUGAGCAUGCUAGCUGUGGGAGCCCUCUGGAACAAGAGAGUGGUUUCACUUAUCUACCUGAAGCUUUCAUGGAAGCUGGGAUUUAUUUCUACAACUUCGGAUGGAAGGAUUAUGGUGUCGCAUCUCUUACUACGAUCUUGGAUAUGGUGAAGGUGAUGGCGUUUGCCUUACAGGAAGGAAGGGUCACUAUUCAUUGUCAUGCAGGGCUUGGUCGAACAGGUGUUUUAAUAGCAUGUUACUUAGUAUUUGCAACGAGAAUGACUGCUGACCAAGCAAUUAUAUUUGUUCGAGCAAAGCGACCCAAUUCCAUACAAACUAGAGGACAACUACUAUGUGUAAGGGAGUUUGCACAGUUUUUGAUUCCUCUUCGCAAUAUAUUUUCUUGUUGUGAUCCCAAAGCACAUGCUGUCACCUUACCUCAAUAUCUAAUUCGCCAGCGUCAUCUCCUUCAUGGUUAUGAAGCACGGCUUCUAAAAUACGUGCCAAAAAUUGUUCACCUUGUCUGCAAAUUACUGGUGGACUUAGCUGAAAACAGACCAGUAGAGAAGACAGAAGUGUUAGAAGUCCCAGACCUCUGUGCUGAAAUUAAAAAAACAGUUUCUGAGGUGGUCACAGUGCAACUGGAUAAAGAAUUAAUAAGGCGUAGCAGUGAUGCCUCGGUCCCUUAUACUCCCAUGGCAGCAGUAACAGCUUUUGAAAAUCAGGAUGUCAUUCUUUCUAAUGAGCAAGAACCGGAUCCUCUUUGGAAGAGGUGGAACAUUGAAUGUCUUCAACCACUGACUCCUUUUAAAAGGCGGCUCAGCUACAGUGACUCAGAUUUAAAGCGGGCAGAAUUACUUUGGGAACAGGGUGUGACUCCAUGGACAGUGCCGACCCAAGUCUCGCUUUGCCAUAACAUAAAGCAGCAGAAAGCCACAAGCAAUUGUUAUGCUCCACAGUCUCCACACCUAAACGUAAAUAAAGAAACUCUGAUAUGCAAUACUUUUUCUUUCUGCAAUCAGGCUAAGUUUGGAAGCUUGGAAGAACUCAAAGAUGAUGAAUUAGCACUUUUCCAAAAAAGAAAUGUUUCAAAGGAAGUACAGCGGAGUAGAACUUUUUCUUCAGGUGUCACAAAUGUAUAUAACCCUGGAGAACCAGGUAUACCCAAUUUGUCAAAUAUUUAUAAGGAGCCAAGCCAUUCUCACCAGCAAGUGGACCACUGUGAAACUCAUGGCAGUUGGGGCCAGAAGCCCAUCCUGAUGGAUGGUGGAAUUUAUUGCCCCUCUCUGGACAAUGGCUCUAUUCCUAAAGUGAAAUUCCCUGUUGGAUAUGAAAGCAAAGAGAGCAAAAAUCAAGUUGAAGUAGCUUCUCAGAUUGUUUUGCAAUCUGAAUUGAAUGUUGAAAGAAGGAGAAUACUGGCAGCUAAAGCCUUGGCAAAUUUAAAUGAGUUUUUAGAAAAGGAAGAAAUGAAAAAGAAAGUAGAAACGUGGCAGAAAGAACUAAAUUCCCGAGACGGAGCUUGGGAAAAAAUAUGUGGUGAACAGGAUCCUUUCAUCCUAUGCAGUUUGAUGUGGUCUUGGGUGGAGCAAUUGAAAGAACCUAUAAUAUCCAAAGAGGAUGUGGACAUGUUGGUUGACAGACACACAGAUGCUGCUGAAGCACUGUUUUUAUUAGAAAAGGGACAACACCAGACGAUUCUUUGCAUCUUACAUUGCAUAGUGAAUCUGCAGACGAUUCCUGUGGAUGUGGAGGAAGCUUUCCUAACCCAUGCCAUUCAAGCUUUCACUAAAGUUAAUCUCGAAUCUGCAAAUGGACCGGUAGUUUACAACACUCUGAAGAAAAUAUUUAAACACACACUAGAAGAAAAAAGAAAACUGGCAAAGGAUGGCCAGCCCUACACCUGAUUUUGAGUGAUGCUGACUUUACCCAUGUGAUUGGUACUUCAGAUCUAAAGAUCCAGCUAACACUUCUUUCGUAUGUGAAUGGUUUGAAAUUUAUAGAGCUACACUUUCUCAUAGCAUUAUGUUUACAAUAGUGUUUAUGUUACAAAUUAGCUUCCCUGUAUGGAGCUAUUAUUUAUUUUUAAAUACCCUUGAACUACAUUUUUGUGUUGAAAAAUUGCCAUAAAGUUGGUGCCACUUUAUUUAUGUACUGAAUUAACAUUGCCGUAUUAACAUUUUAAACACAUAGUGUUUACAUCUUUUCUGGACGUUUUGGAAAAAGUUAUAACUCUUCUUCCCAAAACAAUUAUUUAUUGCAGAACUCUUUCUAGAGUUAUUACCAACUAGAUCAUUUUAAUUGUAAAACCUCACUUUGUAUUUAUUCCCCUUUGAAAUAUCGCCUAACAAGUCACUAAGUGUCUUAAAAAUGUUUUAUAUGUGUUACUAAUAAGAUUAUGUACACAACAUUUUAAAGAA